CUUCCUUUAUAGUAAAGAUCUUUAUCGGCAACGUAUUUAUAUUUUUUUGGGGGUGCGCAACAUUAUAUAUAUAGACCAAGCAAAUGUCUAAUGAUAUAUUAACCUUAAAGAAACAAAAUUUGAAAAUGAAGAAGGCACUCUCACUUGUGGUUUUCAUGAUCUUCUCUAUCAUGCUUGCUUCGGUUAAAAAUAGGGUGAACGCAAAUGUAUGCUCGGAAGGUCUAGGCAUUUGUUACCAAUGUGAUGAGAGGUGCAAGGCCAGGCACGGGCCGACGGGUCAAGGCAUGUGCGACCGAUAUAACCUAUGCACGUGCAAUUAUAUAUGUGGACCAGUACCACCUCCACCAUCUCCCCCGACCAAAUACUGCUCUGGCGGGGCUGGCCUUUGCGAUAUUAGAUGUGGGAACCCAUGUUGCAAUCAAAGCUGUGCACAAAAGUACCCUGGUGGAGUUGGAUUUUGUGAUAGUCUUGCCCAUACUUUAUUGUGCAAAUGCCAAUACCCUUGCUAGGUUUAUUUUUUUCUUUUUUUGAAUAAGUAAAGCCGAAUCAUAUUUUUCUACAUAUUUUAACUUCGAUGGUUGUAAUACU